AUGGCGCCGUCCGGCUCUCUAGAGAACAAGGCCGAAACGUCCGGCACGACAAACUUCGUGAAUAAUGACACUUUGAACGGAAUUCCAGGAACCGUGCCACCUGUCACACCUGAUGUCCCGACGGAUGGAAGCAAACGAAAGCCAGACCCGCCCCAGGCCACGACGGAACGAGCCUGCAAGGUUGCACGCGUUGCGCAAUACAAGACUGAAGAAACGGAUUCGGAUGACGAGAUGGGCGAUGCUGACUCUCACUCAAAGGACGACGGAUCGCAGUACGAAGAUUCGGACGGGACGAAGAGCGAGGACGAGGAUGAUGAGUGCCCUGACGGACACAUCAACAAGACUGAUGCCCAAAAGCCCAAAUCGACUCGCUGGUACAUCAAAAAUCCACAAGAAUUCUUUGCCCGCAAACUGCACCGACAACAUGAGAAAGAACAGCAGCGCCAAAGCAAGGGGCUGAGCCAAAGGAGCGCCAAGGGAGCGCCACCCUCUGAUGAGGAGUUUGAAGAGAUGAUGACCGAGCUCAUUAGCAAUCCGCUUUCUUCUGUGGCAACUGACCGCACUCCGACUAACUGCGAUGAUAUCAACGAGAAAUCCAACAGGAAAAAGCUUGCACUAAUCAAGAAGGCAAUUCGGAAGACCGAGGGGGAACCCCCUCAAACGCUAAAAGACCGGGAACAAAGCACAAAAGACUUUCAAGACCUCAGCGAAUCCGUGUACUGCUUUGGUCACAACGCCAUGAAACCAGAAGGCAACAGCUGGAGGUACAAGGAGAUGCAGACUGCCCUCAGGCCAGUUCAGCUCGCCGCUGCCAAGUGGAUGCUGGAGCGCGAGUGCACGCCAGGCAGACCGCUUGGCGGGAUUUUGGCCUUGGGCACAGGCUUGGGAAAGACCAUCAUCUCAUUCGCCUGCAUCUUGGGAAACCGUCCUAGCAAGGAAGACUUGCAAACGUACGCCAAGGCCACACUUGUCGUUGUCCAAAGCCGAGACGACGCAGUCAGGUGGGCAAGGCAGGUAGAGAAGCACUGCAAUGAGAAAUGGGCGGAUGACACAACGAUCUACGACUCGACCGGAAAAUUUUCCAGGCCCAGUUCCAGCAGCAGGCGUACCAUCGUAAUCGCCACGUAUCAGCAAGUUCGCGAUCAGUAUCCAAAUCCGCGCAACCAGACUAAACGUGGUACCGGACGCCGUCGCAAAGCUAACGCAUCGAACACCCCAGGACAUCUAUUUUGCGUCCAUUGGUUCAGAGUGAUACUGGAUGAAGCGCACAAGAUCACAAAGGAGACAACAAGUAACUACCUUGCGUGCUUGGCGCUCAAAGGCAAAUACCGUUGGACAUUGACUGCAACCCCAAUCGCCAACACUGCGAGAGAGUUCUUCCCGCUACUGAAGUUUGUAGGCUGCGACGGCAUGGAGAGCUCCAGAAGUUUUCGAGAGCAGUACAUGAACAUGAGCGGCAGCCGGGUCAACAGUCAUUUCCGUGAUCUGGUCACCAGGGUCAUGUAUCGCCGAACGUGGAAACACACCUUUCUUGGCUGGCGCUUAGAUGACUUGCCAGGAUACAAGACUUAUGAUAUCCAUGUCGAACUCUCUCUAGAAGAGAAGAUCCUUGCGAAAGCCCUGGAUGUUCAUUUCGGGAAGAGACAGUCAGACAGUGAAGAAGAUGACGAGGACUGUGUUGCCGACUCGCCCACGGGCAAGACCGAAAAAGGCGCGAGCGACAUUGUCAAGCGACGACAGUUCAUAUCGCACUUCUUCAAUGUCGAGAACCUCCUGCGCGCGUCAUUCUCUUUGGAACAAAUUACUGACCUUCAAAGCAAACUGCACGCACUUGGGGACACUGUGCCACUAAUCGACCAGAUGCUCGCAAACCAGACCACCAAGGACGCGAUGGAACAGUACGAGGUGGGCAUUCAACAUGUUCGCGAUCGGAAUGACAACGUGUACGGCGGCGCAUUUGAUGUGGGAGCGUUGCUUAGCCUCAUUGCCGAUGAACAGAGGGCCAAAAUCUGCUCAAAGUGUGUGCGCUGUAACGCGGACAUGAACGACCCGUUGGUGGUCCCGACACUCCUGGAACAGUGCGAGCAUGCGUAUUGUGAGGUCUGCUUCAGCGAAGAAAAUCGAAUCAAGCUCGAGUUCAAGGUUUACCCGGACUGCUUGGGCCCCGGUUGUGGCAAGCCAAUGAAGGCAAAGCUAAACUUCGAGACUCUUAGGCACGUCGCCCGACAGGCAAAGCAUCAGAAGUUGAAGGAACCCGGAAGGGACAGCAUGGGAAACAGCGUCAACCUCAAGGGCAGUGGUGAAGUCAAGAGUGGUGAUUUCUUUGUAGCUUGCGCCUUGCGCAAAGACAAGUACCCUUUGCCACCCAGUACCAAGCUCACGGCGGCGAUGGCUAUCAUCGCCACAUGGCUGUCCGAGGCCCCCGGCGACAAGAUCGUGGUUUUCACGCAAUUCGUGGCGACGGCCAAACUCCUCGGCUUGAUGCUUGGUGGUGCGAAUGUCGGCUUCCUUUACCUUGUCGGCGACAUGGGAGGGGAGAGACGACAGAGAGCCAUUGAUGCGUUUACGGCGGGUAAGGUGGUGCUGAAAGAUGGCAAUACGGUGGUUCCGCACGUGUUGGUUGCUACCUUGCAGAGCGGCGGCGAAGGAAAGGACUUCCAGAUCGCCAACCGUGUCAUUCUCAUUGACAUUUGGUGGAACCACGUCCUGGAAGACCAGGCCUUCGGGCGCGUCCUCCGCAUCGGACAGACAAAGAUAUGCCACCUUGUCCGCAUCAUCGCCGCUAGCGGAAUGGACGAUAGGGUGACCGAAUUGCAGCGAUUGAAGUCCGCCGAGGUUAAUCACGCUUUGCAGGCUAAUUCUCACGAAGACGAAAGCUUCGACAGCCCUGUUGAUGUCUCGGAUAUUGCCGAUUUGCUGGAGGAGGAAAAGGAGAAGCCAAAGAAGGGAAAGGGGGCACCGCGUGGUGCGAAGCCGGGUGGUCGCGGCCGCCUGAGCAAGAAGAAGAACUGA